UAACUCGGAUGUUUUUCACAUGUAUACUCAUAAUUUUUUCACUUCUGUACUAAGUAACACCAACAUGACUAAAAAGCUUCUUGGGAAAAUUCUGCUGAUCGCGGUGACAUUUUUGAAUAUUCUAAUAAUUUUUGGGCAAUUUUCAACCUAUUCUUUGCUUAAAAAGUCAAAAUUAUUCGGUAUUCUUGAAGAUGUGAAUGAGAAUUCGAAUCGAAUGUUUGAUGUCCCCGAGUUCAAGUAUUUAAUUUCCAAACCGAGAUGCAGUCGUAACAGCUCAGCGCCAUAUUUUGUCACAUUGGUGCAUUCAUCACCGACGCAUUCCGAAAGACGGGCUGCUUGCCGAGAUACGUGGGCACAUUCGGAUCCACGAACGAAAACCUAUUUUCUGAUGGGAAUGGUUCAGUCUCCGUCACUGCAAAAAAGAAUCGACGAAGAAGAUGCACGAUUCAAUGAUAUCAUUCAAGGGAAUUUCGUUGAUUCAUACCACAAUCUGACGUACAAACACACAAUGGCCUUGAAAUGGUUCUCAGAAAAUUGUCCCGAUGUCAAGUAUUUGCUGAAACUGGAUGAUGCCGUUUUCGUGAAUGUUCCAGCCGUCCAUGAAUAUUUGUUAAACAAUACAGAAAAUGGAGUGCAUUUACAUGGCUUCAGAGUGAAUCGACUAGUUCAACGCGGUGGAAAAUGGAAAAUGACACGUGAAGAAUUUUCCGAUGACCUUUAUCCAGAAUUUGUAGGAGGCGCAUCGGUUAUUUAUUCCAAUGAUUUUGUGCAUGAGGCUUUGAAAAAGACAUUUACAACACCAUAUUUCUGGAUUGACGAUGUCUAUGUGACCGGAAUAAUUCGUGAGCAACUUAAUGCUACGAUCAAAUCUAUUAACUACCUAAAAUUGGGAGGCGAUAACUUGACGAAAGUCUUAGAAGGCAACGUUACAACAUUACCGGAGCCUAUGUUUAUUGUUAGUGAACAUGAUCGAAAUUACGAUGAUAUGAUUAAACUCUGGGAAUUCACGAAAUCAUACAGAAAAACCCAACCACAUCGAAUGAGAUGAAGUCCUGACCAUUUGCGUGAACGCAUCCAAGUACGCAUUCUUAGUAUCAAAAGAACCAAAAUAAGACAAAUUAAAAUAUUUCUUACCAGUUCAAAGAAAAAAGUGGACAUUGAGUUUACUGGUUUUAAGUAUCUCAGAUGAAAUGAUCAAUCGUUCAGUUAGUAUCAUUUAAACAUAAUCUUUAUUAUAUGUGAAUAGAGAAAAAUGUUUUUUCAUUCAAUUGCUAAUCUAUGUUGAAUAGUUUAAAAUAUAACUUGCAUCGAUCAACAGAAAUUGUAACAAUAGUUUGGGACAAAAAAAAAUUAAAACCAUGAAUUGUAUGUGUUCAUUGUUCAUUCACAUGCUUUUGAUGGAUCGAAAACUCGUUAGUGUGUGUGUGUAUGUUUUUUUUUCUCUCAAAUUUAUCUGUUGAUUGAUCAAAGUUCCAAGAACGAAAUAGCUAUCGCAAUUGUAUCGAUUCGCAUUUGACAUCUGAGUGAUACUAUACAUUAGGUUAUUUACAUACAAACAUUUACAUGAAUUGUUGCUGAUUCUAAUCAUAAUAGUGAAUUGCAAACCCUCACAAAUAAAAUUUUCUUUCAAGUGAAAUUGCUGGCUA